AUUGCUAAGAAGCAUUGUUACAACAGAGAAAUCAUUAACCAAACACACAUCUCCUUCCUUUGUUGCUAAGUUUAUUUGUUCUGAUGAUCAUUAGCUGUCUGAUUCUGAUGUUUUGGGAUAACACAUAACAGUCUUUCGCCAUUAUGAUAGUUUUCUUCUGUUUGCUACUAAUGCAAGGAGACAGACAAGAUAAGGCCUGGGAAACUCAAUGCAAAAUUUGAAUCAAGACUGUGAGGCUUCUGACCUUAUGUGUUGUAAAUACAUUUACACAAAUAUCCGGAAUGAUCUCUUUAAAGGGGGGCAAUUGUGCUCAUCUCCACUGACAUAUUUUUAUUCCCAGGCUCUACUAGAGUAGCUUUGCAUGAUUCACAGUUCAAAAUAAUCCUUGUUUAUUUUAACUGGACCAUGAUGCAGUCUCCUCACUGUCUGCUAAAAGUUCCUUUGAGGACAACUGCUUUCUUCUGAUAGUUGCCUCUUGCCAACAAAAAUCUUGAAAAGCAGCUGACAAUAACAAUAAAUCAUGACAAGAACUGCGCACCUGAGAUGACCACGGUAAGGAUAUCCACUCUUACUGACAUCAUACAGAGCAAAGAGUAGAAAAAAACCCCUCAAUCACCAAACUCUAUCUCACAGUCUGCUCUGCUUUAAAACAAGUGGCUAAGUUUGAGUGAAAGCUGAUCACGAAUAAAAGUUUCAACACCAAUUACAUUUUAACCCUUAGCUGCUCCCACGUUGGUCUCUGUUCUGUUCAGGGACGUGGGAAACGUCUCCCCCCCCCUCUUGUAAUGUACGCCGGAGGCCAUUAGAGGUCAGCAGAGUCUCGACGAAAUCAUUUGAAGGGCUCUACACCGAGGCUGAGCGUUUUAACUUUACCACUGAGUUACAUUUAAACCCAGGUUAUUUAAUGACAUUUCUGCCUCUGAAAACCUAAGCCUACUCUGUGAUUAAAGUAAAAACGGAAAAAGAAGGAAAUCAUCAAAUGAUAUUUAUCCUGAAAGUUAGUUUUCCCUACAUUUGAUAUAUUUUUGUAAAAUAUGAAUAGUCUUUAAAGAUUUCUUUAAAAAUGUCGCAACUUUACGAUCACUUCGUUUGUGUCUUCAGCGUAUCUGCGUUUAAACUCUAAUCUAACGUCAUCGUCCUUGGAAGCUUUCACGCUGUCAGACUUACCGAUAAGGAGGGCUGUUAGUCCCUUCCAGUGUUUCUCAAAUUUGACAAGGCCUACACUUAAUUUUGCAAACUUGCCAGUGAAAAAAAAGCAACGCUAAUAAGAAGAAACAGUGAAAUGUCUCAUAUAAUUUCAUCCACAAAAUUAGAUAAUCGAGUUUUUGCCAUUCACAAUAAAAGAAAUCAGAGUUCUCACGUGCACGCAUUUUACUCACUGCUAAAUCAAAAACAUUCCAAACUUUCCCACACUGUUAUUUCCCCUUUCACUCUGUCCUCUAGCAUGCAUGUUUUGUAGUACGUCUGUGACAUAAAAUUGUUUGGGAAGCCCUGCACUGAGCCACCAUGUGGGCGUGUUUCUUUUCGGCCCAACAGUCUCCGCUCUUGUGUGGAGUCCAGAGCGAAAAACGCACUCCUUCUGGUGCGGCCGGAGAGCGCAAAAGUUAGCUGCUCUCAGACCCUGAAGCGCACACCAUCUCUGGCUCACGCAGCUCCUCGAAUUUAACUUCACUGCGCGAGGGAGGGAAAAAAUUGAGUUUAUUAACAUCUCCCGGUGAAUCUUCCAGCCAUGGACGCAUUUCGAGUCAUUACGAUAUAUCUGGGCCUCCUCCUUUGUUUUCCUUGGGAAUAUACCGUGUUUCCAGUCUGCUGCUAUCAUCUCUCCCUCUGCGCCGAGGAGGAACAGGGGUGCCAGGAUCCCUCACCAGGAUGGACAGAGCUCUUCCAAAUUCCUAAAAGACAUCUUCGCGUCCUCUCAUCCUGUCGCGGGACACCACAAAGAAGAUCUAAAGGACGCUAUUGUUCCGCAUGAGUACAUGCUCUCCAUAUACAGGACAUACUCUGCUGCAGAGAAACUCGGACUAAACGCCAGCUUUUUCCGCUCUUCUAAAUCUGCCAACACCAUAACAAGUUUUGUGGACAGAGGAACAGACGAUCUUUUGCACUCUCCUCUGCGAAGACAAAAGUAUCUGUUUGAUGUCUCAACCCUUUCAGAAAAAGAGGAGCUGGUCGGGGCGGAAUUAAGGAUAUUUAGGAGAGCGCCCGGGGAUUUGCAGACUUCCCUGCAGACGACGGGCCUCUACGACAUUCAGCUCUACCCCUGCCGCUCAGACAAGCUGCUGGACUCCAGGUCCUUGGACCCGCUGGAUUCCACGAAAGCCGGCUGGGAAGUGCUGGACGUGUGGGAAGUGUUUAAAGCGCGCCAGCAUCAUUAUCACCACCCCCAUCGCUCUCGUCACUAUCAGCAGGAGAACCAGCUCUGCCUCCAGCUAAGGGUCACACUGGGCAAAUCGGACACCGAGGUCGACCUGAGGCAGCUGGGGCUGGACAGGAGCGGCCGGUCCCAGCAGGAGAAGGCCAUCCUGGUGGCCUACACCCGCUCCAAGAAGAGGGAGAACCUGUUCAACGAGAUGAAGGAGCAGAUCAAGUCGCGGAGGUCAGUCGGUGAGAAGGAAGUGAAGGUGGAAAGAGCAAAAGAGGAGGGGGUAUCUCCGCUGACUGGGGCCAAAGGAGAAGGGCCCAGGCGGCGGAGGAGGACGGCGCUGGGCAACCGGCAUGGAAAGCGGCACGGGAAGAAAUCCAAAUCCAGGUGCAGCAAAAAGGCCCUGCACGUGAAUUUCAAAGAGCUGGGCUGGGACGACUGGAUCAUCGCGCCCCUGGAUUACGAGGCAUACCACUGCGAGGGGGUGUGCGACUUCCCCCUGAGGUCGCACCUGGAGCCGACCAACCACGCAAUCAUACAGACGCUCAUGAACUCCAUGGACCCCAACAGCACCCCGCCCAGCUGCUGCGUGCCCACCAAACUCAGCCCCAUCAGCAUCCUGUACAUAGACUCGGGCAAUAACGUGGUGUACAAACAGUACGAGGAUAUGGUGGUGGAGCAGUGUGGGUGCAGGUAGCGGCCAUUUUUGUGAAAAAACAAAACAAACAACAACAACAACAACAGAAGAUUGUUAAAGAUACUCUCAGUGGGUUCAAGGCUGAAGGUAGAAAGUCCUCAUGGGUCUCAAAGCGUUUUGACGCAUGAUGCGCCUUGUUUUUAUUCAAAAGGGAUGCGCGCGCGCACACACACACACACACACACACACACACACACGAGGCCAUAUCUUUAUUUAUUCAGGCUCAGUCGCAUUAAAUUCCACUCUCUGCCUUAAAGUGUUAAGCACAAUAUUUCCCAACCAGGCGGCAAGUUAUCAUGAAAUAGAUUUUUUUGUUGUUGUUUCCCAAAAAGUGUGACGUGUCCACAUGGCACGAGGAGAUGGGCGUUCUGAGUGAUAUGGAGGGAACUAUUAAGUCCGACUGCGCACCUGUGAGUGCCGGGGACAGCGGGCUUUGCCUGUAAGCAGCGCUUUGUUGCAGCGCUGACCUGUGAUCCUGGCAGCCUGGCCGGACUCUUUUGGGUAUGUGCAUCCAGGCCUCAAAUGUAACUGUCCAGCUGGAGUCAUUACAGGCCCGAGCAAGUGCCCGUUUAAAAAAAAAAAAAAAAAAAAAAAAAAAAAAUGAAGGGGGUUAAUGUCUAAUCUACCAAACACAAACACAGACUGGUCUGAGGAGAGGUGAUAAGACGGUGAUCGUGAUGGUGGUGGUGGUGGCAAUGCCUUCAAAGAGAUUUCUUGUUUUUCCUUACUGGAGACCAGCUGAAAGGCGCUGGGAGAGGGCGCAUUUACGGACAGAAAGGACACAAAAUCAGACUUAAUGCGUGAAUGAAAGAAAAAAAAAAAAAAAGAAAGAACACAUAACUGAGGCGUAAUUUCAAGCUCAAAAGUCGGCAUCUUUACAAAAUGCACUUCCACAACUGACUGCGCCAAGGACAUGUGGUCAGCUGAAUUCGUCUUCUCUGAUGACGAAAAAACAAAAGAUUAAAAAAAGACAAGAAAAAGAAAAAGGACUCGCAAACGAGACGUUAUUUAAAUGCACAUUAGCUUUGAAUGCACUGCUGUUCGUUUUCUUUUUGUUUGUUUGAGUUGUAAAUACUUGUACAGUCCCCCGCCCCAAAAGAACUCUACAAAGUGCAACGAAUGAAGAAAUGAGAAAACGGCAUUUCUUUGUAAAUGUACAAAAAUGCACUCAAAUCGGUAUAAUUUCUAUUCUAUAAUUAUUUUAUUAUUUGUGAUGUACAGAGUUUUCAUGAUAAUCAUAUAUUUCUUACGUGGAUAAGAGUAAUUUAAGGUGUAUUCGAUAUUUUGCAGAGGGUGGAAAAUACCAUUAUUAAUGUCUACCUCAUAAUUGCAUAUAGGAGGUGCAUUCAGUUAGAGUGUAAAGAGCUUUUACAAUGAUAUAUAAGAUCAUUUAUUUACAUAUAUUACUGGCUAAUAUUCCACACCAUUACUGUACAAAUAAAAUUCAAAAGAAAGCCCA